AUGUUUACUAAUGCUAAAGGAAAGUUAUUUCAGUACAGAAACUGUCAGAUUCUACGAGACCAUGAGAUAUUUACCGAAGAUUUGUGGGUUCGGGAUGGGAUCAUUUUAAAUCCAGAGAAGAUAUUUUUUGAUGAGAGAAUUUCAGCCGAUUAUCAGAUAAAUUGUAAAAAUAGCAUCCUGGCUCCUGGCUUCAUAGAAACUCAAAUAAAUGGCAAAUAUUGUGCUUUUGGAGUAGAUUUUAGUCAAGAAGAACUGGUAAAGAAUGGAGGUGUAGAUAAAGUGAGAAAAGGUUUAUUAGAACAUGGAGUCACAUCGUUUUGUCCUACUGUUAUAACCUCACCUCCUCAUGUUUAUAAACAGAUCUUGCCCUUAUUAAAAAAAAGAAAAGGGUGUAAUGGAGGGGCUGGGAUUGUAGGUAUCCAUGUUGAAGGUCCAUUUAUUAGUGAAGAGAAGAAAGGGGCUCAUUUAAAAGAGUUUGUAGAGAAAUUUGACAACGGUAUUAAAGAUGUGAUAGAUAUGUAUGGUGAUUUAGAAAAUAUCGCCAUCAUUACCUUAGCUCCUGAAUUAAAACAGUCCAAACAAGUUAUAGAGGAUUGUGUAGAGAGGGGAAUCAUUGUCUCUGUAGGUCAUUCUGUAGCUAAUCUAGUAACAGGUGAAGAAGCUGUAUCUAAUGGUGCCACUUACAUCACUCAUUUAUUUAAUGCCAUGCUUCCUUUUCAUCAUCGUGAUCCUCAUCUAGUUGGUCUAUUAACCAGUAAUCGUCUACCUCCCAACUCCCAGAUAUUCUACGGUAUGAUAGCAGAUGGAAUACACACCCACCCUGCCGCUCUACGUAUAGCUCAGAGAGUCAACCCUAAAGGUAUAGUUCUGGUAACCGAUGCUAUACAAGCUACAGGUCUACCAGAAGGUUGUUAUAAAUUUGGUACUCAACAGAUAGAAAUCAAGAAUAACAAGGCUACUAUAGCUGGUACUGAUACACUAUGUGGAAGUAUUGCCUCUAUGGAUAGCUGUGUUCGACAUUUUUCAAAAUCUACAGAAUGUGGAAAUGUGGAAGCUUUAGAAGCUGCUUCUUUUCACCCAGCUCAAGUUUUAAAAAUAUCAGAUAGAAAAGGGACAUUAGACUUCGGUAGUGACGCAGACUUUAUCUUGCUAACUGAGGAUCUCCAUGUGAAAGCUACCUUUAUAGCUGGUGAACUAGUAUGGCAGAAAUCAGGUGAUGUGGUAUCAGUGAUCUCCAAGGGGAGUUAAUUCAAUAUGAUAUAGUGUCCUGGACAAUAAUAAAUUUAUCAUAAGUUGUUUAUAUGUUCUAUGGGACAUAAUUUAAUAGUUUCUCAAUUUUUCAAAAGUAUUCUUGAUUGGCCAUAUCUCUCGGCAAAACUCUAUCAAAACAUACAGGAGUACACCAGGAAUUAUUUAUUUAUUAACAAUGAUAUAAUGAUACACAUGGAAAGAUUACAUACAUAAUAGGAUACAGUAGCUAGACAGAAACUGCUUAUAUAAAACCAUAGGCUAGGAAUUGACUUCUGUAGGAAUGAAGUUUUUCAAAGAAAUCAAAUCAAAUUCAAUGAUUUCACAAUAUUUGAUGUAGUUUGUGUCACCUCUGUUAUGGUAAUUUAGAAAUAUUUUUAAUUGUGAUAACUUUAAUUCCAGCUAUACUGUUGUAUUAUUGUCUGUUUAUGGAUUGUGUCUUUUGUUUGUAAAUUUGUCUCAAGAUACUGAUUACUAGGUUUCUUUUGAUUCUGAUUUAAUUGUGAAUGAGUGGUUAGAAAAUCAACCCUUACCAUUGCACAGUUCAUUAGACCAUUUGCUAUGAUCAAUAAAAAAAUUAUGGUGGUUGUUGAUUCUUAUAUCAGUCAGAGUGUGAAGGUCUUGUGUCCGUGAAUAAGUCAUCUUAAUCAUCUUAUUGAACCCUGGCUGUAGCACUAUUAAUUAGCCCAAUUGCUUGAAUACAUCGAAAUUAUGGAGGUUGUGGGUUAUAAUAAAAAUCGGCAAUGAACCUAAAUAUCUAUGGACCUUAAAUAAGUGAUCUUUCAUCAUUAUUGUAAUCCACAUGGCUGUAAAUAAUCUUGGACAGAUCAAAAUAAAGAAAACUAGCUGAUCCUUGGCCAAACCUCUUGGCAUUGAUCUUUACUGAUACUUUAAACAUUUACAUUCUGACAUGUCACCAGACUUCCACAUGCCAAGACCAGAUUACAACCCACGACCACCAUUUGUUCUGGAUUUUGCCAGUAUAUUUUCAAUUUAUCCUGCAUAAAACUCCAAAUGAACUACCUUAUAUAUAAAGGUUUUAGCCUACUCUUGUCUGCAAGAUAUAAUCUUUUGACUGCCAUAAAAGUGCCAAAUUGAGUUUUCUUUCUGCAUGAAUCUGUAUUAUCUAUCUAUAUAUGUACUGACAUAUUUGUUACAAUUUGUUUAUGAAUGGAAAUUUAAAUCAAAAUAUUUUAUAGAUUUCAGAUUUUAUGACUAUGUUUAUGUAAUGUCAAUAUAAAUUAUGUUGUAUUUGAAUGAAAUAUGUCAAUAAAUAGUGGUUUAAUAAAGGAACUAAAAUAU